AUAAAACUCAGGGGGUUCUGGGGAUGAAAGGAGGGGUGUGUGCGAAGCAAGGGUCAGCCCAACCAUUUCUUCAAAAACCACAAAAACCUCGAGGGUUUCUACUUUUUCCUUAACGCGCAGAAAAAAUUGCCUCCUGAACCCGCAGCCGCUGCACCUCCGGCGACCGCCCAACGUCGCUGCUUUCACCUCCGGUUCAUACUGGAUCCGUCGCCGGCGCGAACUAGUGGCGUGCGACUUCUCCUCUCAUUCUUCUUCCCUCACGCGAGCUCCUCCGCACUCCCAAGACCAGAGCUCGUCUCCACCGCAUCUCCGACGGUCAGACACACCGCGCCAUUCGGAGUUGACGCCACCGCCGGAGCUUCACCGGGACGUUUUUCUUGUUCAAGCUUUGCUCUCUAUUUUCAGUUACUCUAUGAUUCCUCUUCGUGAUUCUCUGUUUGGUGAUAAAACGAGUUGUGUUUAGGAGAAUGAAACGAGUUGUUCAAUGGAGAAGAGUGGGUCUUUGGAGUUUAGGUCUUUGAUAGAUUGGUGUUCUGUUUACUUCUUUUAAAUCCUUUUAAUCUCGUAAAAGGAUAACAAAUAAUGUCUUAUCAUAGCAUUGUUUAAUUGGGAAAUGAUCUUAAAUUAUCAUUGGUUUGUAGGUUUGAGUGAUUAGUUCUUAUGUUCUUCCGUGAUCAAUCCAAUUUAGCCAUAUUUAUAUUAAUCAAUCCAAGACCAGUCCACAUAUAGCAAGAACAGAAAUGAUUUCACCAAUUCUUUGUCGUGUUGUCCCUCUGAAACCCACCUUGCUCAGGUUGUUAUCCCCAUUUUCCACAACCCCUCAUAGUGACGCCGCCAUCCUGGCGCGUCUGAAACACAGAGACUGGCUCACUCCGAAAGAAGCCACCACUCUCUUAACCUCCCUCACAGACCCUUCCUCCACCCUCUCCUUCUUUAACCUCUACACCUGUCGCAAGGACUUUGACCCCACCGAACCCUUUUGCACCACCCUUGUUGCCAAGCUUGCCCAGGCCCAACACCUCAACCCUCUCCUCACCCUCCACCAUGCCCUCACCCUCCCUCGCCCCCAAAGACGUCAAUUUUCUGAUAACUUCUUUUUCACCCUUAUCAAAGCCUAUGCACACUCCUUUCAGCGUGUGGACGACGCACUUCGCACCCUCCACGAAAUGCCCUGCCCCCCCUCCACACGCACAUUCAACUUUGUCCUCAACCUUCUGGUUAACACUCGUCUCUACUGUGCGGCACACAACCUCUUCCUCCAUGCACCAAAGCUCGGUGUGACACUUGAUGCUUGCUCGUUGAACAUCCUCAUCAAGGGGCUUUGUGCCCAGGGGGAGUUAAAUGCAGCGUAUCAGUUGCUGGAGGAGUUUCCUGGGCUGGGAUGUGAGGCGAAUGCACGGACCUAUGCGACACUGAUGAAGGGGUUGUCUGAAAGAGGGAGGAUGGAGGAGGCUUUUGGGUUGUUGGAGAGGAUGGAGGGUGGAAGUGUAGAUGCUGAUGUGGCGGUUUUCAAUAUUUUGAUUGGGGGGUUGAGGAAGGGAGGGAGGGUGGAUGAGGGGUGGAGGGUGUUGGAGGGGAUGAUGGGGAAGGGUGUGGCCCCUAAUGGCGGGUCUUAUAAUGAGGUUUUGUGUGGGUUGGUUGAGGGUGGGAGGUUUGACGAGGCUAAGAAGGUUGUGGAGAGGAUGGGGGUAGAAGGUUUUGUGCCUAGUUUUGAGUCUUAUAAGGGUUUGGUUAAGGGAUUUUGUGAGAGUGGGGUGGUUGGGGAGGUUGAGUGGGUUGUUAGGGAUAUGGUGGGGAAGGGGUUUGUGCCCAAGAUGGGGAUGUGGGGUAAGAUUGUGCGGUGUGUUGUUGAAAGGGAAGGGAGUUCUGGGUGUCUGUCUGUUGCUAUUGAUAGUGUUUUGGAGGAUGACAAAUGACAACCACCCCCAUGAGUCCAUGAUGUGAUGUGAUACAAUUAGUCCUAGGAUGUGUUUGUUUUCAGUCAGCUCACAAACUGAGGUCACAUUUGUGUAUCGUUCAGCCUAGAAUCUAUAUAUUCAGGUGAUUACCAGAAAUCCAGGUUUCAGUUCUAAUGCUCACAUUGUUUUGGAAAUUGUGUACCAUGUGAGUAUCUGCUUAGCUACAGUUGAGCUCGUACCCGACAGAUUUUGGACUUUGGUGAGGAGAUGUAUGAAUGAAAUGACCUUUUCCAAAAGUCAAAAGUGAUGCUGGUGCAAUUGUGGCUGUAUGGAGCCCUGUCAUAAUUUUGUGAGAAUGAUUGCUUCAACAUGUUCCCUUUUUUUCUUUUAACUUCGAAUCCUCAUUUUAUAUAUACUUAUAUUGAAGUUUAGGGGGAAAAUAUUCUACUGAUUGAAGUAAAAGGAAUAACGAUGAAGAUGAAAAAUCUAUGUUAACAGAUCCUGAUCAAAUAAUUGCCCGCUUAACUGCUGAAGGUGGUUAUUUGGUACUGGAUAUGAUGUUUCCCUUACUCAUCUGAGAUCUUUUUUCAACCUAUCUUUGAGUAUAUUCAUUUUUUUUGAAAAAAUGUCAAAUUUUUGUAUGGAUUGUUGUUUUGUUUUGAUUUGGUGGUAAUUAAAGUGAAAGUAUUAUUAUACUGUUAUAUUAUAUUAUUAUAUUAUAUGUUACGAUAUUGAUUGGGGCAGUUGUUGAAAGUGAUGAAUAUAGCAGGUACUUCUGAUGACACAAAUAAUGUGGUUUGCUCUCUUGGUGUAGCCAGCAAGGUUGUGCCGAGCAUUGCACUGUGAAUGUGUCUGCGUGAAUUACAUUUACAUCUGCAACUGAUUUGUUAUUCACUGCCCCUUAUUUUUACAAUAAUUGUGUGAUUGUUUUAGUAAAUUGAACUUAUUCAAUUAUAAUAUGUUCCUACACCUUGAAAUUUAUGAUAUAGAUUUUAUAUUUUAACGAGAUAUAAAAUAUUCUCAGAUAACAUGAACCCAUUUAUUAAUGUUUAUGAAACUAAAAAUCCAAUUGCAAAGGCAGUGGGAAUACAAUUCUAAAGAAGAAAUUGUCCAUGCUGAUAUUGAAAUUACAGGUGCAACGUGUAACCCAACUCGAAAUAGUUUAUAUAGUCCUUGGACAUAUGCAGGUCUUGUCAGCAUUCUUCCUGUCAUCUGCUUAUAAUGGAUAUGAAUGUGAAGUUUCCAAAUUCUGAAGUCAUAAGGCCCUCUAUAGGCAUCAGCAAUUCCUUAAGGUGAUAGCUAGCAAAUGAAAUAUUGUUAUUUUAACUAAUGUUCUUGCAUGGGAAGGAUUUGGAAUUAUUAAAGGGCUUAUGAAGUGGAGUUAUAUAGUGAUAGCUACAACAAUUGAAAGGAUAGUGAUAUACAAAUCAGAGGAUUUGCUACUGAGUAUGCAUUUCGGCAGCUUCUGUUUUUGUUUGCUUCAAAGAUGGAGUUUGCUGUUUCAGUCAGCCACUCAAAUGUCAUAUUGUAUGGUUAACUUAUUAUUUUAUGAAAUUGGGUGACAAGUUGGCGAUGAAUGAUGACACCUGGCUCAGUCAGCAGCAGCGGAGAGGCAGUGCAGGCUACGGUUGCUGACAGAUCUCGCAGUUGGUGCAGUCCACCUCCGAACCUCCACCUUAUGAAGCACUCCUCUCAUGCCCAGGUAUCAUAUCAACACUGCAAAUUCAUUGAAACUUCAAAAAUUUAAAGUAAUAAGCAAAACUUUGGUUAAUAUGUCGAAAAUUUGAUGUUCAAUCAGAUGUCCCUUUUGAUAGGGGCAAGUUUGAUUGCUUGUUGUUUGGUGUCAGGGUUUUGUUUAUGAAUUUUAUGAGAAUAGAGUGAAAGUGUACAAUUGCUUAUAAAUGUUAAAUUUUGUAAUCAGAAUUUAAUUACAAUGAUAAAUGAUCAUUUUGAUA